UUUGGAGGAGAAGAGCAACAGACACCCACCAUGUCUUACGAAGUGAAGGAGAAGACAGAGGUGCGUCUGGUGUUUCUGGGAGCGGCUGGAGUGGGGAAGACAGCCCUCAUCCAACGCUUCCUCAAAGACACCUUUGAGCCCAAGCACCGGCGCACAGUGGAGGAGCUCCACAGGAAGGAGUAUGAGGUGGGGGGCAUCAAAGUCACCAUCAACAUCAUGGACACCAGCGGCAGCUACUCCUUCCCAGCCAUGCGGAAGCUCUCCAUCCAGAACAGCGACGCCUUCGCCCUGGUCUACGCUGUGGAUGACCCUGAAUCCCUGGAGGCGGUCAAGAGUCUGCGAGAGGAGAUCCUGGAGGUCAAAGAGGACAAGUACACGCCUAUUGUGGUGAUAGGCAACAAGAUUGACCGUCACAAUGAGCGCCAGGUGUCCAGCAAGGACGUGCUGUCCACAGUGGAGCUGGACUGGAACCACAGCUUCCUGGAGUCCUCGGCGAAAGACAAUGUCAACGUGCUGGAGGCUUUCAAGGAGCUGCUUCAGCAGACCAACCUGCCCAGUUGGCUCAGCCCGGCACUGUGCCGGAGACGGGAAACCUUCCCCAAGGAGAGCAACAAACGACCUCAUAUGAACAAGACCAACAGCUGCAUCAUCUCGUAA